AUGAGCCGUAGAGCCAAGCAGCAGCCGGCGGCGGCGGUGGGUAGCCGCCGGACCAGGCGUGCCGAGCUGCCGCGCCCACCGGCGGGCCUCGCCGAGAGCCCCCAGAUCGUGUCCAACCCCAUCUUUCGCUGCGAGGCCGGGCCAAGCCAGCCCAACAGGCCACCGGGCGACCAACUGCGCUGCGUCUACGGCCCGGGCUCGCUCUACGCGCUCGUGUACGACCCGGCCGCGGGCGCGGGGAGCGGGAGCGGGAGCCUCAUCGGCAAGGCGCAGCAGCCCCUGCCGCUGCCCCCGUGCAGGGCCUACCCGUCGGGGCGCGUGGGGACCGCCGCGCAUGCUGUGGGCGGCCCACAUGGCAGGGUACUGAGGAGGGCGCCGCCCCAUGACCCGUUCCUGGCAGCCUACGUGGCGUGCAGCAAGCGCGCCGGCGGCGGUGAUGAAGUGGUGGAUCGCCCGCAGCACAAGCAGAAGCAAGGGAGGAGGAAGAAGAAGAAGGCGGCGACGGGGAAGAAAUGCAAGGCAGGCGUGGUGAUCUUUCGGGGGUGUGGGAUCUGGAGCGGGUGGGCGGCGGGCGCCAAGUACGCCGGGGCGAUGUCGUGCAGGUACGGCUGCGCCGUCGCCGGGCAGAAGGGAGACGCUCCUGCGACCAAGACCAAGUCUGAGGACGACGCGCCGGCGGGGCCAACGCUCGACCUGUCGUGGACGCCGGCGGUGCUCUCCGCGCGGGCGCUGGAGCGGAGGGAGCAGCGCUGA